ACAACUUCCUACCUCACCUACAACAAAAAUCAAAGGCCCGCUUAGGUCAUCCAUCCAACAACUUAAGCGCAACUCAGAUGAGCCUCCAAAACCAUCCCUGGGACGACACCGUCGCCGGCCCGCGCCCGGACUCCGGUACUCUCAGACGCUUUUCCUACUACUCCACCGCCGAUCCCGUCGGCAUCUCGGUCACCCGAAGCAUCACUAUCCUCCGACCCACCGCCGGUUGCGAGCAGCCUUUUCUAGCAAGCGGUCCCGAUUCGCCUCUCACUCCGAGGACGCCGGAGGGAGAUUCGAGGAGGCCGCUUCGGAGGACAGUGGCGGAGCCGCGAAACCCUACCGUCUUUGAUUGGGUUGUGAUCAGUGCUCUUGAUAGAUGAGUGAAGGAGAAAAGAAAAUUAAUUGGAUAAAUCUGCAAGAGUAUUUAUAAGAUUUCAGAAGUAAUAAAGCAUUGUGUGUUCUGCAGAAGGGUAAGUAUGUAAAAAAUAUUGUGCGAGCUUUAUAGCAGAUUGUGGCAUUUUAAUGCGAUGUAAUUUUAUUGUGUGAAUUUGAAAUGUUUUCAUGAUGAUUUGUAUAAAGAACUUUGAGAGUUUGAGUGCUUGAAUAAUUUUAUGCA